ACCCUAGUAUACAUGUAGUCAUAACGUAGUUUUACGAUGGAAAGCGAAAGUGUGUCUGGCAGGCACAAAUGGACACACAUUUGUGAUGUUGAGGGAAGAAUAGGACACACAGCCUCAGCCAUAAAUGAUUCCAUGAUAAUUUGGGGUGGAUAUAGGGAUGACACUGAAACAUUGUCGGAAAAGUAUCUGCCAUCGAAGACAGUUCAGAUCUACCAUGCUGAUCUCCAAUUUUGGAUAGAGCAUGAGACCACUGGAUUUAUACCUGUUGGAACCUCCGGAGCUUGUUCUUGUGUCAUUGACAAUAAAAUGUAUGUCUUUGCUGGCCACACAUUGGAUGGUAAUGUAGACAGUUUGCUUUACCUGGACCUAAAUACGAUGCACUGGACCAAUCUUACACCUACAGUGGACAUCACCGGUGGAGUGGAAGAUAGCAUAUUGUGGCCAAGUCCAAGGGAUAAGUUCACCAUGUGGACAUUCAAUUACAAGAUUUACUGCUUUGGAGGAUUCGGUCCAAAAGUUGGUCAACAUCUCAUAUCAAGUUUGCCCUCUGGUUUUGUACCUGGAGAUGAAAAUGGGACAUCAUUCAGGGGUUGGAACAACCACUUGAUGGUCUACGAUACAGUCACAAACACUUGGAGUAGUCCACUGUGCAAGGGCACUCCUCCAUGUGCCAGGGCUGCUCAUGCAGCGAUCAGGGUCAGAGGUCAAGCAUACAUAUUUGGUGGUCGUCAUAAAAACCAGAGAUUGAAUGACCUUCACUGCCUUGACCUUGUGAAAAUGGAAUGGUCUGGAGAGUUGUAUGUGGAGGGUGCAAGUCCUUGUGGGAGAUCAUGGCACACAUUCACAGCCGUCAGUGACACACAGGCAUUUCUAUAUGGUGGAUACUCCAACGCACGGGAACCUCUAGGUGAUGCGUGGCAGCUUCACAUUGCUAGCAGGCAGUGGUCCCAGCUUACUGUGGACCUGAACUCUCCCAGACUCUGGCACACUUGCUGUUGUGUUGGGGACAGGGAACUACUCGUGUUCGGUGGAUGUGCCAACGAUAUCCUCAACUACCAGGAGCGAAAUAUUACGCCUAAAGAGAUUCUGCAUUUUCGCCUCCAACCAGCUAAGUUACAAAAACUGUGUCUUGAAAAAACAUUUCUAGAAAAGGAUUGGACUAGUGAACAGUGGGACCUUCUGCCACCCAUAUUGAGAAAGUGGCUGAAACAAAAGAUGGAAAUUUGUGCUCAACAACAAAUGUGCUUAAAAAACUCUGAACAUGGAAUAUCAUGUGUAAUUGCAUGAAACUUGACCUGUCAGAACUUUCAGUUAUGUUUUGUGAUAGACUGUUUGACAGGGUAUAUAGGAGUGACGCUGUCUGUUGGUUUAUUGGUUGUUCGGUCAACAUAAAAAUGUUCUAUGUUUAUGCAGAAAACUUCUUCUUAAUUUCUCUCAAGAAUAAAUUGAAAUUUCAGAUAUAUGAAUUGUAGAUGUAAAAGACACCGUUUUCACGCCUAGUAAUGUGCCCUUGUUUCUAAAUUAUUAUGUUUCUACUUGAAUAAGGCUGGUUAGAUUUGACUUUAGGAAAAGCAGAUUAAAGUUCAUAGAGAAAAAUCCCUGUAAAACAGCUAUGCGUGUGACAAAACAGUGCGAGGGUAUUUUUAGUCUCUUAUUUGACAAAGCUCUAGUCAAUGAUAUAUUGAGUCUUGUUCUGAAAACAAGGCGUAAUGCAUAUGAAUAAAGCAUCUGCACAUGCUAAUCAGCCCACUGUCCACUCUUAAGGAAAAUCAAGUUUAAACGGAAAGUAUUUGCCCUGAUUAGCCUGUGCGGACUGCACAGGCUUAUCUGGGACAACACUUUACGCACAUGCAUUAAGUCCUGUUUUUCUAGAGCGAGGCUCAUUUAUUUAGGAACAUUUAUAGAACAUGAUUGUUGUGAAAGCCCUAAGGAACUGUUAUGUUAUAACUGUGUGGAAUAUGUAUGCUAUGUAACUACUGAAUAAUUUUAUGAUAUGAGAGAAACUAUCACCUGUAAGUGAUCCUAGAACUGUACAUGUUUGCUGUGGUUCAGUCAAGUGCAUACAUUUGAAAAAUCACUGGUUUAAAGUUUAUAAUAUUUCAGGUAUGUAGAUUGUGUUGAUUACCCUUUACCUGUUAACUCUGAUGCCAGCUAUGUACAGAAUUUUAUAUUAUUCUUGCCUAAUGUGAUAACUGUAACUAAUAUAACACUAGAUCCGAAAUUACCCCACCUGGUAUAAGAUUUGUGUGUGUGUUCAAUGUUCCUUUUCCAAAACCUAUACACAAAGUUGUUCAUCUGAAACAUGUUUCGUUAAGGAAAAUUUUACUGAAAGAAAUUUACUUCUUGUAGAAUUUCUUUUGUUUUAUCACAUAAGUUCAUAUGUAUUGUAGACUUUUAAUCAUUUAACUAUUUUAUUGUCCGCAUGUCUUUUUUUUCAAAGUGUGCAAGAAAGGCACUUUGUGUAAAUAUCGUUCAGGUCCAUUGCUUUUGGCAAAUUUAUGGGCCAUGGACUUAGAAAUGUUCUCUAUAAUAACCGUUUUAAAGGCUUUCAGAUGUAUAGCUGAUUUUUUAUAUGUGAGUCUACGUACAGGACUUAAGAUGAAGUGUGAGCUUAGUUCCGGUUCAUUGAUUUGUGGCAAAGUUAUGGGCCGCGGACAUACAAUAUUCUCUUAAAUAGCUGCUGUGAGGCUUCAAUCUCUCCAAGCACAGUAGGAGGCAGUGUGUUAAUGUGUUUCACAAACACAGGGGUUGUCACUUAUAAUCUUUUUAUGCCCCCCUUCAAAGAAGAGGGGGAUAUUGUUUUGCUCAUGUCGGUCGGUCCAUCCGUUGGUCCGUCCACCAGAUGGUUUCCGGAUGAUAACUCAAGAACCCUUACGCCUAGGAUCAUGAAACUUCAUAGGUACAUUGAUCAUGACUCGCAGAUGACCCCUAUUAAUUUUCAGGUCACUAGGUCAAAGGUCAAGGUCACAGUGACUCGAACUAGUAAAAUGGUUUCCGGAUGAUAACUCAAGAAUGCUUACGCCUAGGAUCAUGAAAAUUAAUAGGUUCAUUGAUCGUGACUGGCAGAUGACCCCUAUUGAUUUUCAAGUCACUAGGUCAAAGGUCAAGGUCACAGUGACUUGAAACAGUAAAAUGGUUUCCUGAUGAUAACUCAAGAAUAAUUAGGCCUAGGAUAAUGAAACUUCAUAGGUACAUUGAUCAUGACUGGCAGAUGACCCCUAAUGAUUUUCAGGUCACUAGGUCAAAUGUCAAGGUCACAGUGACAGAAAACUGAUUCACACAAUUGCUGCCACUACAACUGACAGCCCAUAUGGGGGGGCAUGCAUGUUUUACAAACAGCCCUUGUUAAAUUUUGGUUUGCAUUCUUGUUGCUAAUAUUCCAUUAAUAGAUUUUUUUUAAAUAAUAGUAGAUUUUCUGUAUUUAAAAGUAUACUGAUUGUUUAAUUUUAAGUAUUUUGGUCCCUUUUUCUUUGAAUUAAAUCUUUUUUUGGAGUAUUACUCUAGAAUGGUCUAGUUUAUAUGAUGUAUGUACUGCGCACUCUGUUGUCAUACAAGGUAAUAAGCCUGUAACAAGAAAAACGUCAAGCCUUGUGGCUUACAAUUGGAGUGCCACUUAUACUGAUGUUUAUUCAAGUUAUGCAUUCUCCAUAAAUUAUAUUGAUGAGAUGAUAUUGAUUAAUAAUGCAAUUUAUACUCUCUCUCAAAUAUUUAAAUGUAUCGGCUCGGCCAUUUUUCUUGUCUAUGUAAGGGUUUAAAGCUUUAAAAAAAAUCCCCCCAGGAAUAGCAUAGUCCUCUACAUUUUCGAAACAUUUACACAGUUUGGGUAUCAUCAUUAUUGGGUCCAUAUGGCUUAAUAUGGCUCGAUAGGUCAUUGUCAACUCGGGUGCUACUUAAAUGUACCCGGGUAGUCAUAAGUAUACUUAAAUGUACCCCUAGUACCGAACAAGUACUAAAAGGUACCCGGCCAUUUUAGACUUUUAUUGCCACCAACAAUUUGAUGUCUUAAAUGGACCUUUUCACAGAUUUUGGUAUGUAUUGAAGUUUGUCAAAUGCUUUAUAUUGAUGAAUGUAAACAUUGGAUCUUAAAAGCUCCAUUAAAAAAACAAGAAUAAAAUUAAAAAAAGAAAAAAAGCAAUCCUCAACUGGGCUUGAACCACUGACCCCUGGAGUAAAAGUCUAAUGUAAGACCACUUGGCCAUCGGUUCUCAUAAAUUGAAUGAUGUAUUUUAUUCUUUAUAUAAGCAAUCCUCUUGGUGUCACAAAAUAUAACGACAACAACAGAACUAACCAAAUUAUUGAAUCAUUUUGUGUUGCAACACUUUAUAAUUUCCAGGGUUUUUUAAUCGUCAAAAGAUGCAUAUAAGGGAUAUUUUAGAUUAUGGUAAAUGUUCAGUAUUACUGUUUCCUCACAAAUAUCAUAACAACAAUAAAAAUUGCGAAUCUGAAACAAUGUUUUUUAAUUUUGUCAAUUUACCAAAACAUGAAAAGGUCCCUUUAAAACCAGCUACAGAAUACGAAACUAAAUUCUUUUUUAACAAAACCUGCCUCAACAUGCUUCUUGUAGUAUGAGUUACAAAAUAAAGAGGUCAUUUUACAAAAUCUUGACAUGAAUAUGACCAUAAUUAAUUUUAAAAAUAAGCCGACAGCGACCAAUUUAGCGUUAUAAUUUGCGGGUUAGGUUUUAGUUUAUUUACCGUACCCGGGGUACAUUUAAAUAAACUAGAGUACCCAGGGAACAUUAAAGAAGAACCCGAGCCACCGAUGACCAAUGGAGCCUUGGUAUGUGUAACAAUAUUUUCAUUAAUUCUUAUUUCAAAGCUUGCUAACAUUUUGGUUUGAUAUCAUGGUAUUUAAAAGAUUCAUUUUAUGUUGUGCUUUAUUAGUAUUGCUACCCCUUCUUUGUUUGAGUUUGUACUGCUAAAAUAAGAUCGGCCAUUCCAUUCUUCUGUUCAUGAUUCAGUGGUGUCAGUGUUUCUUGAAGAGUAAUAAAUAAUAAUACAUAAUAAAUUGAACAUAAUAAAAAAAACACUGUUUACUUGGUAAUUUAUUUUGAUUAAUUAAAGUCGCUUUUUGUUAUCACCUAAAACUUUAAUAUCAAAUGAUAAUAUCGUUGUUUUUGUUUGAAGUUAGAAGCUUAAAUAGACAGUUGGACAUAUUGUGUGUGUCCAUUGAUUUCUAUUCAACAUUCUUGUCAAACAAUUGCAACAGAAUGGAGAUUUCACUUUUUCAGUUGCACAUGUGAAAAAUGAGUGUAAGAGUAGUAGUGUGUAACCUUUAUACAUAUUCAUAUUAUUUACAACUGCGCAUGUAUAACUAUUUAAGUAUUGUCAAGCUAUUGUUGUGUUUUUUUUUAUUUGGUUGAAGACCUCAUAAAGUUUAGAUAUAACAAAUGGGGUUGUGUAUUACCAUACAGUGCAUGGGUCAUAUAUAAUUAUAAAAUCUAGGUACGACUUGUUGUUGUUUUUUGAGAAAAUUAUUGUUGGUUACUGGAAACUAUACACAUACAAAAACCAUAAAUGCAUUCAUUGCUAUAUCUGAUAGAUCUUUACUCUUCAUGUGACAGAAUUAAUUUGUAUUGCUGUACCUUUUAAUACAUGUAUACAUGAAUAUUUUCUGGUGCUUGUAGUUUUAUAAACAUACACAUGUACAUUUAGUUUGAGGUAACUGUAUUAAAUUAAUGUUAAUAUACUGUUGAUUUGAAGAUUAAAUUUACUCAAGGUC